CCCGGCAGGGGGCGCGCUGGGGACGCGGAGCGGAGCGGGCGGGUGGCUGCGGGCUGAGCCGGGCGCUCGGGCCGCCAUGGCUGCAGCCGGCAAGGCGGGGUCGCCGCCCUACUCGCACCCGGCGCACGGCGAGCGCAGCCUGGGCAGAGUCAGCUUCCUGGGGGCCCGGCUGCCCGCCCCGGUGGAGGCGAUGGCCAGGGGCGUGCGGGGCCUGAGCCAGGAAACCUUCCGCCGCCUGCUGACAGUCGUUGUUAGUGCAUUGGAAGGAAAAGAUUGCAAAGAAUCUGUGAGGGCGAUUGCAGAAAGCGUUGAUCUGUCAGAAGAGCAGCUCACUUCCCUCAUCUCUGGCAUGUAUACUCUCCUCAGAGAGGCCCUGCGGCUUCCCGUAUUGACUUUCAAACAAGAAGUUUUUAAGGAAGAUCUCCAGGAACUUAGGAUACCAGAAGAGUUCAUCAUGGACUUUGCCAGUGUGGUCUUUGGUAACAGGCGUCCUGUUGUUGAAGCCGCAACUAUGAAACAAGGAAAUAAGCUGCCAAGUGUUAAUGACAUUAAGUGGAGAGUGGAUGUGGCUAUAUCCACAAGUUCACUGGCCCGUGCAUUGCAACCGUCCAUUUUAAUGCUGCUGAAGCUUUCGGAUGGGACAGCUCAUCGCUUUGAAGUGCCAGUUGUAAAGUUCCAAGAAUUAAGGUACAACGUUGCCCUGAUAUUGAAGGAAAUGAAUGAUCUGGAGAAAAGAAGCAUUCUGAAAAUCCAGGACUGAACACUUCCAAACUGCAAAUUAAUAGAACCAGUUGGAAAACCUGCAAGAGAAUUGUGAAAUGCAAAAUAAAGAUCUAGCACCAUUUUGCAUGUAUCAGUAUUGUAACAUAACAUUUCUAACAUCUGCUGUAAAUAUUUUUCAAUUAAAGUGUUAAAAGCC